UACUAACCUCUAUAUUAUUCAAUAUCUUCUAAGUUUAUUGGUUUACAAUUGGAAAUAUAUAUUUUUUUUUAUUUAUUUAAAAUAUGUUGCGUUUGUUGAAAAUAGCACAUAAAUUGCCCAUUGCCUCAUUAUCAGGAAGAGCCGUUUCACAAAAUCAGAUCCGAUGCUUAUUUUCUCGUGAAGAAUUGGGUAUUGUUGACUUUGCACGUGCCCGUACUGAAGUCAAAAAGUUCUUGGGAAAUGUAGAAUUUUAUAAAGCAAAUUUUGCGCAUAAAUUUCUGAACGAUGAAGACUGCUUUUAUGAAGAUUUGAAAAAUGGUUUAAAGGAUUUCAUUUUCAUUAUUGAAAAUACUGAACUUGAUAUCGUUCAUCUGAAAGAAGCAUUAACGCUUUUGGCAAAAAAGCAAAACGAAUAUGCCGGAGAUAAGUUUCGUUUUGGCCCAGUUAUAAUGAGAGCACUUUAUUAUCUCGACAUGCCAGAUGAAGCAAUUGCGAUGUUCGAGGAUGAUGUAAUUGGACAACUUUUUCCACAAUUCACCAGUCAUCAAAUUCUCUUCGAUAUGCUUUACGAACACAAAAUGUAUGAAGACAUUCUUAGACUAUACGAUAAUUUAAAUGAGGAGGCCCAACUGUACAAAUUUACCACUGUGAUCAUUCUUGCAACGUAUUAUCAAUUGAAUACACCAAAGUCUUUGGAACAAGCGUAUUCGUUGUGGAAAAAAAUGACUUAUAAAAACGACAAACAUCAGUUUCGAAAAAGUUUAACAUUCGUUGCUGGUUUAGCGAUAAAACAAAAACAACCGAAAAUCGCGUUGGAAGUGUUGAGGAUUUAUGAAGAUUAUCCAAAAAAUUUCUAUUUUGCCGUAAGAGAGAUAAAAUUAUUGGCAUGGGCCCAAAUUGGACAUUAUGACAAAGUACUGAACAUGUUUCGGACUAUACUUGAACGUCACAAACAAAAACAAGAGAAGGAUCAACUGACAUCUAUUAAAACGCUUGACGAUAUCCAAGAAUUGGUUCACAUAAAUGGUAUUAAACAAAAUAUUGAUGAGUUUCUUUCUUUACGCAAUGAAAUUGAAACACUGAAAUUAGUCACAGAUAAGACACUUGACAACACAUUGUGUAUGCCAUUUCCUGCAAGAAAAUCGGGGGGAAAAUUUCAAAAUUUAAGUGGAGUACUAAAUCGACAAAAAUAGAUUGAUUUUCAACAAAUUCGAAAUAAAUAGUUUCUUUAUUCAUAUGA